UGCUGCUCGUUACCAGCGCACAAAAUAAGAAUAUACGGAAACAGAAGACAUGAUGAUUCGGCUUUGCUUCCUUCCUCAGACUCCGCUUUUGCUGUUUUAAAUAUUGAGUCAUACAUUUUUCUUGCAACUCAAGUCGGCUCCUUAGUUUCAUCUACCCCUCUCUUCUCUCUCUUCCCACAAACAUUUCUUGACGUGAGUUGAUUUCUUCCUCUCUUUCUCUUGCCUCAAACAAGACAUAUAACACUUGAAAUUUGUUUGUGUUGUCAAGUUGGUUCUUGUUUAGUGUUUCAUUAUUAGUAUUAAGACAGCAACUUUGUCUUAAAAAACGAAAACAGAGAUCUUGGGUACAGUUCAAGCCAGAACUCGAGAAAAGUUUGUGUUUUUUUUUGAGAAAGUUCAAUAAGAAAAAGUUUCUAUAUUUGAUCCUGAAUUGAGUGGUUGAGGGUAUCAGCUCUUGUUUCUAGACUGAUACUUUAUUGACAUGGCAUUUGCAAGGGUUGCGAGAAGUGGCUUGAGAAGAACAGGAGGCACCUUUGGCAGUUACUCAAGUGAAGGGGAUGUGUUAUUAUGUGAAGGAGUAUCUAUCCAUAGAGGUCCCUUACCUUCCCUUCAAAAUGCCAAAGCUGCCAGUGAUCUUUCAUACAUUUCCAGCAUCAGGAAGAUUAAUCACGUGAAUAUGCAGAGCAGGGGAAUCAGGGUAACUCCACGGUAUCAAUCUGCAACUGCAGAGAGGAUUAUGGAGGAGUCAGAAUCCGAAUAUGAUGAACCAAGGUAUCCAGGGCUUGAAGCAACAAAGCCUGGUGAAAAGCCAAGGGUAGUUGUCCUUGGUACUGGAUGGGCUGCUUGUCGAUUCAUGAAAGGACUUGACACCAAAAUUUAUGACAUUGUUUGCAUAUCUCCGAGGAAUCACAUGGUGUUCACACCUUUGCUGGCUUCAACUUGUGUUGGAACACUUGAGUUUCGCUCUGUGGUUGAGCCUGUUAAUCGGAUACAAUCUGCGUUGGCAACAAGUCCCGACUCAUACUUUUAUAUGGCUUCCUGUUUUGGCGUUGACACAGACAAGCAUGAAGUGUACUGUGAGACAAUCAGCAAUGGUGGACUACCACAUGAACCUUACAAGUUUAAAGUUGCAUAUGACAAGCUAGUCAUUGCUGCUGGAUCUGAGCCUCUGACUUUUGGUAUCAAAGGGGUAAAGGAACAUGCGUUUUUUCUUAGAGAAGUGAAUCAUGCUCAAGAAAUAAGGAAAAAGCUUCUCUUGAAUCUUAUGCUCUCUGAAAAUCCAGGCAUACCUGAAGAAGAAAAGAAACGGCUUUUACAUUGUGUAGUUAUUGGAGGUGGUCCUACUGGUGUGGAAUUUAGUGGUGAAUUGAGUGAUUUUAUCAUGAGAGAUGUUCGGGACCGGUAUACUCAUGUUAAGGAUUAUGUUAAAGUCACCCUCAUAGAGGCAAAUGAGAUCCUGUCAUCCUUUGAUGUUAGCCUGCGGCAAUAUGCAACAAAUCAUUUGACCAAGUCUGGUGUCGGUUUUAUGCGAGGAGUAGUGAAAGAGGUGCACCCCAAAAAUAUAGUUCUUAAUGACGGGACUAAUGUUCCUUAUGGUCUUUUGGUCUGGUCUACUGGUGUUGGUCCCUCUCAGUUUGUGAAGUCAUUAGACCUUCCCAAGUCCCCUGGUGGAAGGAUUGGUAUUGAUGAAUGGUUGCGAGUCCCGUCUGUAGAAGAUGUGUUUGCACUUGGAGACUGUGCUGGUUUUCUUGAAAAUUCAGGGAGACCAGUGCUUCCAGCUUUAGCUCAGGUUGCAGAAAGGCAAGGGAAAUAUCUUUUGGAGUUGUUUAACAAGAUUGGAAAGCGUGGAGGCAAGGCUUUAAGUGCAAAAGAUAUCCCUCUUGGUGAUCCUUUUGUCUACAAGCAUCUUGGGAGCAUGGCAUCAGUAGGUCGUUACAAGGCGCUAGUUGAUCUACGCCCAUCCAAGGAUGCAAAAGGUUUAUCACAUGCCGGAUUUGUUAGCUGGUUGAUUUGGCGCUCAGCUUACCUUACGCGUGUGGUCAGCUGGAGGAACCGGUUUUACGUGGCAGUGAACUGGGCAACCACCCUGGUUUUUGGCAGAGACAAUUCCAGGAUAGGAUAGGAUACGGUGGUUUUACACGACAUAACUCACCACCGGCAUUGCUGAGACGUAGUGUGGUGUUUCUUAAAUUUGUUUGAGCUGAGGCUCUCUCUCUAUAUGGAUUUGCCUUAAAACCUCUCAUUUCCUUUGAUUUUAUUCAAUUCAAUGUUCAUAUAUUCGGAG